CGAGUUAACCAGCUCUUUUGCCUACUUGACGGGUGUGCCACCUGCCACUGCGUCAGUAGUCACCUUGGCCAAUCGCGUCCACGCAACCGGAGAAACAUUUUCCCAGCGCACUUGGAAAUUCCAGAGGUUCCGUGAUUAUUGAUUGGAAGGAAACAUCUCACCAGUGAACAACUGGUUGCAGUGCGGGGACACCACUGACAGCACUUUUGACGAAAGACUACCCGAAUCUGAGCGCAUUUGGCACUGACCCACGGCUCCAAGUGGAUCUCCCUAACAAACGUGGACUGUUUCGACAUAACAGACGUUUUAUUUGCAAUUGCAACUGUUCCACGCUCUACUCAUUCAAUUUGGUUGGACCGCAUAUUGACACAAUGGCUCAGUCUAAGAUGGAGUUCGCCUUAUUAGACUGCUGGGACACUAACCAGCUCUGCACCAACAGGUGACUGCCAGCACUUUCACUCCCAAACUUUGAAUAUGCCAGCAGACCACAAUGGACAGGAUCUACAACAGCACAGAGCGCAGCUUAUAUCUGACCAGCAGCUGGCCGGGAGUCAGCGUCUACCGGGAAACCGUCACCAUGCGCGGAGACCAGUGGCCCGAGAACGUGGGCGGGGCCGACAACGAGUCCUUCCUGUACGCCAGCGCUAACCUGACGGGCAGGAACGAGAGCGUGGGCCGGCCGGUGGAGUACGACCCCCUGGGGGGGCACACCGUCUGGCAGGCGGUCCUGAUAGGGGUCUUCUCCUGCCUCCUCUCGCUGGUGACCAUCGUGGGGAACAUCCUGGUCCUGGUGGCGUUCAAGGUGAACAAGCAGCUGAAGACUGUGAAUAACUACUUUCUGCUCAGCCUGGCCUUUGCGGAUCUGAUAAUCGGGGUCAUUUCCAUGAACCUCUACACGGCCUACAUCAUAAUGGACCAGUGGGCCAUGGGAGCCUGGGCCUGCGACCUGUGGCUGGCCAUCGACUACGUGGCCAGCAACGCGUCCGUCAUGAACCUGCUGGUGAUCAGCUUCGACCGCUACUUCUCCAUCACGCGGCCGCUCACGUACCGCGCCAAGAGGACCACCAAGCGGGCCGGGGUCAUGAUCGGGCUGGCCUGGGCGGUGUCCUUCGUGCUGUGGGCGCCCGCCAUCCUGUUCUGGCAGUACUUUGUGGGGGAGCGGAAGGUUCCGCCGCACAAGUGCUACGUCCAGUUCCUGACCGAGCCCACCAUCACCUUCUGCACGGCCAUCGCCGCCUUCUACCUGCCCGUCACCAUCAUGAGCGUGCUGUACUGGCGCAUCUACAGGGAGACGCAGAACCGCGCGCGGGAGCUGGCGGGGCUGCAGGCCUCGGGCAGCGAGGGGGGGGAGGGGGGCAGCUCGCGCAGCUGCGGCAGCUGCGACCAGGGCGAGCAGCAGGGCUUCGGGAGCUCGGUCAGGCGGGCCGGCGCCGCCGUCGGCCGCUUCCCCUUCUGGCUGGCGGAGAGGGCCCGGCGGCCCGGCGUAGCCGGCGGCGAGGAGGCGGACCGCAACAGCUGCGACAGCUGGAACAACAACGACGCCGCCGCCUGCAUGGACCAGUCGGCCUCCUCCGACGAGGACGAGAUCCCCGAGACCCGCGCCAUCUUCUCCAUCGUCAUCAACCUGCCCGGCAUCAAGCCGCCCGGCAUGGGCGUGGCCAUCGGCCCCCGCCUGGCGGCCUCGGACGAGCUGGACGCGUCCGAGGAGGACCCCCUCAGGGGCGGGGAGGACGGGGGCAGGGGCAGGGGCGGGGACGGGGUGCAGAACGACGGCUACCACCAGCGCUUCCCCUCCAAGGCCCAGGCCGCGCCCGCCGUCCGGGCCCCCGACACGGCGGGAGAGGUCUGCUCCCCAACCGGCAAGUCGGCGCCCAUGUCCUUCAAGGACGCGGCGCUGGCCCGGCGUUUCGCCGCUCGCACCCGGACGCAGAUCACCAAGCGCAAGCGCAUGUCGCUCGUCAAGGAGAAGAAGGCGGCGCAGACUCUGAGCGCCAUCCUCUUCGCCUUCAUCAUCACCUGGACGCCCUACAAUAUCAUGGUGCUGGUCAACGCGUUCUGUGACAACUGCAUCCCGCAGACGCUGUGGGCCCUGGGCUACUGGCUCUGCUACGUCAACAGCACGGUCAACCCCAUGUGCUACGCCCUGUGCAACAAGACCUUCCGCAGCACCUUUAAGCUGAUCCUGCUCUGCCGCUGGAACAGCAGGAAGAGGCGAAAGCAGCUGUUCCUCCAGCGGCACUCCGUGACUUUCCGGAGGAGGAUACCCGGAGACUCCACGUAGCAGAGCUUCUGAGCGCGCUCGGUGGGUCCUGCUGAAAGCAGAGCUACGGUGGCCUGCGCUGUCCACUCAGGGCGACUGGGGUCAGCUUCGCCAAGAUGCUGCCAAGCCUUGCGAGGGCUUGAGUUGGAGAGACGUUUAUUUUUUUCUGAGGGGACAGCGUCUGUGGGGCAUCGUUCUUGAUGAAAAAGGGCUUUACCCACUUAAAGAAGAGCCACUAUUUCCUAGUUAUUCAAUCCAACAGCAAAGGGGAUUUCCCUCAUUUUUGGAUGAUGACUCAAGUGUUCACUGUACUCAAAACAAAAUACCUGUUUUAAAUAUAUUUGAAAUAAAUAUUUUAAAAGGAACAGUGAGCGGUUUCAACUGCCCUGCAGUGGAACUGGCUGGUUUUAAAGUAAGCAAAUGGGAGCUGCACUGUUGUAGUGUCAGUAAACAGUUAUUUUGAUAGAAAAUACUGCCCCCCCCCCCCUAAAUUUCCCUGUUGUUACCUGCUGUUGGGCAUAAGAGAGGGAAGCUUUGAGUUUUAACUGGGUAAAGAACCUAAGGAGGAAAUUAAUUGAAAUGUAUAACAGAUUUGUUUGAUAUUUAUAUCACGUACCAGAGUAUUACUGAAUAUUUGGAUUCAUUUCAGACAAGCUUGUUGCCAGAUUUGUUUCCCUUUUAUAUAAAAAAAGAAACAUCUGUAUAUGGAUGGGGAACUUUGACAUUGGGAUUUUAAACCCUGGUUUAGACCCCAGUUAUAUCUUUUUAACCAUGAGAUCAGGUCUCCAGUGUGCACCAGCAGCAUUCUCAUACAUGCACAGGCCUUCUCUGUGAAUGAAUCCUGUGGUAAGUGAACAUCUGUGAAAUCCAUAGACAAGGCGCAGCUCAUUCUUUCAGGAUUUUCAGAAACGAGAAACUAACUGCAAACAAAGAAGCAGUAUUUCAACUUAUAAUUGAAAGUUAAGGCCAUAGUGCUUCUAGGUUGGAUUUGAUAGCAUCCUGUUUUAUACAGUGUUAUUCUUUUUCCCUCAGUGUGGGAACAUUGACCAACUGUGCAUUUGUGAGGUACAGCCCACUCCAAUCAUGAAGGCAAACACAUUCAUGCAUUUGCAUAAAUGAGAACAAGUUUCUGAGCAUUUUUAAAUGAAUAUUGUUGUUUUGAACUUUACUAUUCUUUUUUUUUUUUUUUGGCUGUGUCAGUGUGGUGAGCGGCAUUGUGAAUGUAGAACUGUUGUUAAAGUUGCUGACCUGUCUUUUGUGAGAUGGUGUUUACAUGGUUUUAGACAAGUGCAAGUAUUCUUAUUGUUGUUUCGGUACCUGAAGUUUUAUGCAUAUAUAAAGAAUAUUUAUACAUUGUUUGGACAUUUCCUUCUUGAAGCCUAUGGACUGUAAACUUGCAUAUGUUCAUCAAUAUGUUCAUAGGGCAGAACUAUUUUGUAAUUUGAGUGGAAAAUAGAAAAAUGUAUAAUUUUCCAAAAAAAAAAGGAACUAAAGAAAAGGAUACAAAUGAAUGUCAUUUGAUUACUUUAUCCAGCCCUGACAGUUAAACUUCUGUCUUUGGAGUCUAAAAAUUCAAGACGUUUAUUUUCUCAGUGUAAGUUGACGCUCUUCUUGGCCUGGUUUUAUUUGUAAAUGUGCCACAGUCUAUCAGUGCCCUCUCUUGGAAAUAAAUGACCACAUCCUU